AUGAUGACAGAGAACAAUGAGAUGGAGCUCCAGCGCUCCCCGAGCAACAUCCCCAUCCAGCCCAUCGCAUCCAAGCUCCAGAGACUGAAGCGCUCCCUGUCCUUCAAGACAAUGAUGCGCAGUAAGAGCGUGGAGAACUUCUUUCAGCGCUCCUACAGCGACGCUCGCCUGCCCCCAGACUUCAUCGCCGACCCGCCGCCUCCGUCUCCCCCUCUGCCACCCGGCUCCCCUCUCGUGGGCGAGCGCUCGCCCUCCAUUUCGCCGUCCCUCAGCCCCAACCUGUCCAUCUCCUCCCACUCCCCGUCUCUCAGCCUUUCCCCAGCACUGCCCGCCAAGCCAGCCCGAACCCAGAUCAACCACUGCUUCCAGGACCACGUCUUUCGAAAGCCCACCAACUGCCAGCACUGCAAGCACAUGAUAGUGGGAAACUCCAAACAAGCUCUGCGGUGUAAAACCUGCAAGAUGGCUGCUCACCUGUGGUGCACCUCAGAACUAUCACAGCAGACGUGUCACGGGAAGUCUGGAGCGUUCAAGCGAAACUUCAGCUCGCCGAUGCUCGUCAAUGACCAAUUGGCUGUCGUCAAGGAAGUUCAGCCAAGCCAAGAGGCUGAGCGGAGGCGUGUAGACCCUGUGUAUGCUGCCUUGCGCUACGGGACGUCCUUGGCACAGAUGAGCCGUUCCAGUUUUGGCAGUUUAUCAGAAUCACCGACACGCAGCCUGGGGGAGGGAGGCGAAGAGAGGCAGCAGAGACAGAGCAGCAUGGAGGAGGAGAUAACUCAGGAGACGGGGGAAAACCCACCCAUCCUUCUAGACCCCGCUGUUCCAGAGAGCGAGAUGCAAGAGGAGGAAGACCAGAGCAGUGAGCAAGCUGCGGAGGACACCUGUGCAAAGGUGCCCAAGCGCAUUGAAGUCCACUCCAUCCACACCUACGUAGCGCUCUACAAGUUCCUGCCUCAGGAGCACAACGACCUGGAACUACAGCCUGGCGAUCGAGUUCAGGUCACAGACGACUCUAAUGAGGAGUGGUGGAAGGGUAAAAGUGGAGACAGAGUCGGCUUUUUCCCCGCCAACUUUGUGCAAAGGGUUCGGCCAGGAGAGCGGGUGUGGCGCGUCAUCCAGGGCGUUUCUGGCAACCGGGAGAGAGGUCACAUGGCGGUGAGGGACUCCCAGAUUUGCGUGGGGAAGCGGGAAGAUGGCGAGAAAUUCCUGAAACUGAGCAGCGGAAAGAAGAGAGGCCUGGUCCCAGCUGACUCCAUAGAGGAGAUAUGA